ACAAGUACUCCUUUUCUCUUUGCGGAUACAGACUAACACAGCUGCUACUCUGAAACCUGUUAGUAUUGGCUCUGGAUUUCUGUGGCUCUAUUGUAGAGGAGACUCUCCAACUUUUGUAACAUUUUAUUUUAAAAUAACACUCCACCAAUAUCUUAUUGAAUGUAUUGAGCCUUCAAUGCCUUUGAAUUCAAUGUGCUUCCAUAUGCAGAUUAUACAGAUCACUGCUGUUUCAGUUUAUCUUGUCAAGAAAAAUGUAACAUAAAGGUUAUUGCCAAUUAGACCAUUGCAGCUCCUUCAGAGCUGUAUUUGUUCUGUUGCUAUACUUGUGGACUAACUGUGCAUACCAAAAAUUUCUGAAAUGAUUGAAAAGCUGUUGUAGCAUAUGUGCAGUAGAUCAUUUUCUAAAGAAAAUUACAACUUUUUUUUGCAAACAGCAGAAGCAAUUAAUUUAAAUAAUGGACUAAUCGCCUGAACCUUUCAAUAAAAAAAAUGUAAAUUACCAAAGUGUGCAAGCUUCAAACUGUUGGUGAAGAUGUGGAAAGGAUAAACCUUUUAAACAAAGAUGACCCCAAGAAAUUUUGGAUUUAAAAAAUUGCCCUAGGACUAACUCACUAUCUAGUAGUUUGGAGCAGAACUUGGUGACAUCAAAAGAAAAAUUCAUUGGAAUUAAGUCAACACUUGAUGUAUAAAACUACCAAGCAGCAAUGCAGCAAGUUUUGGAUAAUCUUACUGAUCUGCCCACAUCAACAGGAGCUGAAGAAAUAGACCUUAUUUUCCUCAAAGGAAUUAUGGAGAACCCUAUUGUAAGAUCACUUGCUAAGGCUCAUGAGCGAUUGGAAGAUUCUAAACUUGAGGCUGUCGGUGACAACAACCUGGAGCUAGUGAAUGAAAUUCUUGAAGACAUCAGUCCUUUAAUAAACAAAGAUGAAAGUAUUGCAGAAUUAGUUGGUAUACUCAAGGAACCUCAUUUUCAGUCACUCUUGGAAGCCCAUGAUAUUGUGGCAUCAAAGUGUUAUGAUUCCCCUCCUUCUAGCCCAGAAAUUAAUAAUUCUUCAGUGAACAACCAGGUAGUACCAGUAGAUGCCAUUCGUAUACUUGGUAUUCACAAAAGAGCAGGGGAGCCACUGGGUGUUACAUUUAGGGUUGAGAAUAAUGAUCUAGUAAUAGCACGAAUCUUGCAUGGUGGAAUGAUAGAUCGACAAGGUCUUCUGCAUGUGGGUGACAUCAUUAAAGAGGUGAAUGGCCAUGAAGUUGGAAACAAUCCAAAAGAACUACAAGAACUACUGAAAAAUAUUAGUGGCAGUGUUACUCUGAAAAUUCUUCCCAGCUAUAGAGACACUGUUAUUCCUCAACAGGUAUUUGUGAAGUGUCACUUUGAUUAUAAUCCAUACAAUGACAACCUGAUCCCAUGCAAAGAAGCAGGUUUGAAAUUUUCUAAAGGAGAAAUUCUUCAGAUUGUAAACCGGGAAGACUCAAAUUGGUGGCAGGCUAGCCAUGUCAAAGAAGGAGGAAGUGCCGGCCUUAUUCCUAGCCAGUUCCUGGAAGAGAAGCGGAAGGCAUUUGUUAGGAGGGACUGGGAUAAUUCGGGGCCCUUUUGUGGAACAAUAAGUAGCAAAAAAAAGAAAAAGAUGAUGUACCUCACAACCAGAAAUGCAGAAUUUGAUCGUCAUGAAAUCCAGAUAUAUGAGGAAGUAGCCAAAAUGCCUCCUUUUCAGAGGAAGACAUUGGUCUUAAUAGGGGCCCAGGGAGUGGGUCGAAGAAGCUUGAAAAACCGAUUUAUAGUAUUGAAUCCCGUUAGGUUUGGAACUACAGUGCCAUUUACUUCACGAAAGCCAAGGGAUGAUGAAAAAGAUGGGCAAGCAUACAGAUUUGUGUCACGCGCUGAAAUGGAGGCAGAUAUUAAAGCUGGCAGAUAUUUAGAACAUGGAGAGUAUGAAGGAAACCUUUAUGGCACCAAAAUAGAUUCCAUCCUUGAAGUGGUUCAGACUGGAAGGACAUGCAUUUUGGAUGUGAACCCGCAGGCCUUGAAAGUAUUGAGGACUUCAGAGUUUAUGCCCUAUGUAGUGUUUAUUGCUGCUCCAGAGUUGGAGACUCUGCGUGCUAUGCACAAGGCUGUGGUGGAUGCUGGAAUUACAACCAAACUUCUAACAGACACUGAUUUGAAAAAAACAGUUGAUGAAAGUGCACGGAUUCAAAGAGCAUACAACCACUAUUUUGAUCUCAUCAUUGUAAAUGACAAUCUAGACAAAGCCUUUGAGAAGCUACAGACUGCUAUAGAGAAAUUGAGGUUGGAGCCACAAUGGGUCCCAAUUAGUUGGGUAUACUGACAGAUUUCUGAAGGUGGGUUUAGCUAACAAAUGAAAUUAGCUGCAACAAAUGUUCUCAGAAGACAUUCUGUAGAGAUGGAAGAUACCUGCAGCACCCUUGCAUUUUUACUCUGUGUAAUUCAGAUGAUAGUACACUAUUCUGAGUUUUUAUAUAACAUAUUGAAGGAAAAGUGUACUUAGAUAUGUAAUUUAUUUUAAUUUUUCUAACUUUUUACAGAUAACCUUUCUAUUCAUGUCACAUGAAGGAAAUGCGUUGAAGCAUUUUUAUGUGUUUUAAUUUAGUACCUUUGCCUUUUUCAUCUAAAAUUUUCAAGUCAUUCACUUUAACAUUUACAUUUUGGUCUUACAUUUUCACUGUGAUAAGGGAGGAUACUUGAAACAAUUUUUGUAAAACUCUUGUUCAAGUUAGUGUUCAUCUGGUCAAACGUCAGUUGUAAGAGAAAACACUAAUUCUUUUCCUAAUAUGCACCUUUACAUAAAUUUUUUUUAUGGGAGCAGAAUUUUAAAUAUUAAAGCAGCAACCAUCGCUGCUUUGUGACAUUGCUCUGACAUCUUUCUGCUCAAUGUUUAUACACUUUUGCAGUUUCAUGGUUUCUUGUUGUCUCUUUUGAUUUAGACAUAUGUACUGUAGACUUCCCCUAUGUGUACCUUUAAAAAACAAUGUAAAACAAUACCUUGCACUCUACUUAUUAGGCUAUUCUUGGGAGCCAGCCUUUUAGCCCAUUACAGUUGAGGUACUGAUGUCAGAAAGGUUGUAUGUAAUGUAAAUCAUUGUAGUUAGGAUCAUGGUAAAGUAGCCUGAGAAGAGAGCCUUAUAUUGCAGAGCCUUACAGUGAGGCUUAGUGUGUAGGACUAUUUAUUCACACUUGUGAAAACACAUUGCUAAAGAAACCUGCUUUUUUAUUGAGACAUUGUUCGGUAUAUGUAUAUUGAUCUGUGAAUUGAGUUCCUGUGAUAUUUAGCUGGCUCUUAUUUUACAUUUUGGAAUAUUGUGAGUGAUUUAGCUGUUGUGUUUUAUGAAAUGUGAUGUAAUGAGAUUUUUGUGCUAUUUGUUGUAUUGUUCAAACUGCAUUCUUCAUUGAAUAGCUUGUGAAAUUAGAAAGUUAUUGUCAGAUGCUAAAAAUCAAUGUUUAUAUUUUGUUUUAAAACAUGAUUUUUUUUUUUUGUUUCGUGAUGAAAUAAUUCUCCAUUCAGUAGACUCACUGGCAUAAUUCCUAUUAUCUCCAAGUUCAUAUUGAUUCAUAUUUUCGAGACUUUUACUAAUAUAAAUUCUCCUUAACAAAGUAUAAAAUGAAAAUACAAAUUGUCAGUAAGACAAAACUAUUCUUGUGACCAUAUUUUAUAUUGUACUAGCUAUUGUAUAGUCACAUUUCUUCAUCAGUUACCAGGUUUGAGCCUAAAUUACAGUCAUCUAUCCACUUAAUUUAUUUUCUGUCUGAUGAUGGGCACCUGUCUUAAGUUUUUUUCCAUGCCAAAGCAUAUUACACAGAAUGCCAACAAAAAGAGGACUUCUGCUGAAUUCUCUUUCUGAUGAAAAACCCAAACGAAUAGAUACACUGUAAAAACAAUAGUGUGCCCUUGGUCUUUUAAAGAUUUUUGAUUAUGUACACAAGAAAACAGGGUUCAGGUAGCUUUAUGUAGUUACUUUAUACAAAGAAACCGUGAGUCUCAAAGUUAUAUUAUAGAAGAUUUAAAAACCUCCAAGAUAUUUUUUAAAGAUUCCAGUAUAUUUUGUAAAUGUUAUACAAAAAUCUAGCCUUGGUCUUCUCUGUGGCUCUUGGUAUUGAGAUUUCAGUUUUUUAAAGCGAGUCUGAAACUUUUUAAGGAAAACUUGUAUCACUACUUUGUUUUUAUUCUGUUUAAUUCUGCAAAAUAUAUAUGGGUUUUGUUCCUUUUUAAAAGUUUAGUAGAUUUCAUACGUGGUGCCAGCAUGACACUUAGCUAUUUGGUACUCUUAGGAGACUAGGUUCUAUGAAGAAUAGAUCUAUUGUUGCCAACAAAUAGCAGAGCCUUUGCUUGAAUAUUUUAAAAGAUUAAAUCUUGGUACUAAAGGACUUUAUAGUUAUGAUGGAUCUAUCAGUGUCCUUGUUGUACACUAUGUAAUAGGAGAUAAAUGUGUUCUGUAUGUGGGAAGUAUUAUCUAGACAGAUACUACGCCUUUCAUUAUGAGUUAGAAAUGACUAACUACUGAACUGUGAUGCCAGAAGUCGGUUGAGCUAGCUCCUCCCCAACGAGUGAAAUUAGAAGAUUUUACUUUCCACACUGUAAUGCAGUAUAUUACAAAUUUCACUAACUCUGCAGCUUUGUCAGAGCAUAUUUCACCAAAUAGAAAUGUAUGCGCCCAGGUCUACUCAGAAAACUACUGUACUACUACCAGUACCAUCAUAGAAAUAGGACGGUCAAAAGGGACACUGUGGUGAUGUUUUGUGCUAGGGCGUAGGCCCUCCUGUGUUCAGUAGAGUGCAAAAUGUGAAAUUGAUCGCGCUUGAGCCUAUCAUAAGUGCUAUCAGGCCUGCUGUAUUCUUUUAGGUAUUGUCUUUAAUGUAGAAGCAGCUGGGGAGUGUGAUUCUAGGGCUCCCUCACAGGAAGGAUUGUCUGACAGGAUGUAUAUAAGAACCUGGUGUAUCAAAACCUUUAUGGGGGUUAUCUGGAUCUCUAGGCUUAAGGUGGUAAGCAAAAUAAACUCUUUACCAGACUUUACCAAAUCUUUCAAAUUUAGCAAAGUAUAUUUUCCUCAUUGAGGACCAGGUUAGCUGUAUAAACACACCUGCUUUGGAUUUAAAACAACUGUUCAGAAAACGUUGGAACUUUUCUUUAAACUAUAAAAAAAAAAAUAGGUUUUCAGUUCAUAUGGUUACUCAAAAAUGGCUGAAUUUUUGUUUACUCUUUAAAAAAAAAAUCUUCUAGUCUGACAGCAAUGAGAAUUUUGAGUUCAAACUAACCUUUUUAGAGAGGUUGUUAAGCCAUUCGCCAGAGGGUUAGAGAAUGAAGAUGCUAUUUCCACCGUAACUAUGAUGAUGGCUUCAUGUCAUAAUACAUAUUGAUAGGAACGGUGGUUGAUAGGCUAGAACAGUGGUUCUCAACCUUUCCAGACUAUUGUACCCCUUUCAGGAGUCUAAUUCAUCUUGUAUAUCUCAAAUUUCACCUCACUUAAAAACUGCUUGCUUACAAAAUCAGACAUAAAACAAAAGUGUUACAGCACACUAAUACUGAAGAAUUGCUUACUUUCUCAUUUUUACCAUGUAAUUAUAAAAUAAAUGGAUUGGAAUGUAAAUAUUGAUUGUACUUACAUUUCAGUGUGAUACUUGAGCCUUGUCAUUCUGAGAGGCAGUGAAGCGACAGCAACAAUCAAGUUUUUCUCCACAUAGUCUAUUCCUACUCUUUGUCUUGAUGGCAGUCAUAACAGAAAAUGAGACUUCACAAAGAUAUGUUGACCCAAAAGGUAACCAAACAUGCAAAGCAUGGUUCCCAUGGUCACUGUACUCUUUCUGUACUAAACACCAGAACUGGGUUAGUGUGGAGUCUUUAAACUUCAUUUGCAGACCUUGGUCUUAGGAUGUCUCAAGAAGAUUUUCUUGCUGACUGGCUGAGAGGUUACUGCGACUAACAUCUGACAAAAUGAAUGGGUUUCUUACCCAGUCGAGUUGAGCUAAGUUGUGUUGAAUGUUGGGGCAGUAUUGUUACCCUAAAAUUUUAGACGUCAAUUAUGUUACCUACAAUAGCACUUUUAAUUUCUUAAAAGGGUAACCAGGUUUGUGGUCUGCCCUAAAGGAAUUGCCAGAGUGUUACCAGGGGGCUUGUCUCUGACCCACAGAGGGCUCCCCAGAGCAAGCUAGUCUUGCUAACUCCUAAAAGGACACGGAUACAGCCUUCCGCUCAAGGAUAGACAUACCAGCAGUAAUUCUUCGAAAACAAAAUAAUUGUUUUUUUUAAAAGAUAAGUGGUUACAAUGUAUUUAAUGAAGCAAGAAAGAAUAAUAGAAUUUAGUAAAAAUGCAGUAAAAUUACAUUUAAAACAUCAUAAUUAAAGCGGCACAAUGAAGUAAGACAGGCUGCUUACAAUAUGUCAUGCACAGAAUACAGCAGCUUCAGUGUAACAUGUAUAUAAAGAUCGCACAUACACAAAGGUUUUUAGUCUGUUACAAUCUAAUCCUGUACUUAAUGUAAGAGAUGCAGUCUCUAUAUACACACAUGAGAAAUCAUUGUCACAUAACAUUUAACAUAAAACCUUUACUUAACACUUAAUAUUUAACAUCCUAUAAGCGCUGGCCAAGCGGUUACAAGAGCAAAAGGGAAGAUCUUACUCAAGACACAGGCAUCCAGCUUUAUUUACAGACAAACCCAAGCACUCUUAAAUAUUAGAUAGAAAAGAUCAGACUUGCACAUCUUGUUCAAAAUUUCCCUCUGAUUCAUCUAUUGGUCCUUCUGAUUUGUCUGAAUUUAGAGAUCACAGUUUUCACAGCUUGCAGUUUCACUGCUCAGUUGGGCCAUAGAUGCAGUGGUGGCUGCUGCUCAUUCGUUGCUGCUGGUAAGACAGUUGCUGGCUGAUAGAAGCUUGUUGCUACGGCAACCUUGGAAUUCUGCUGCUGCUGCUGCUUUUCCAGGUAGCUGCUUUCCAGGAUGUUCCAUUCUUCUUUUCAAGCAGCUUCUGUACUUGAGUUUCAGCCUGCUGGCUGAACCCACUACAAACUCAACCUGCUGGCUAUCAGCCUUGUAUACUGUUUGCUCUCUCAAUGUCAGCUCCUCUCAGCCAAUCAGCUGCUAGCUUUUCAGCUCCUCCCUAUGACAUCAUACCUAUUUUUAGGUAGGAAAGCUCCUCCCCUGACGCCAUCUUGGAUUCUAGACCUUUGUACGCUCCUCCCUCUGAUGCCAUCUUGUUUGCUAAACUUUCCACAACCUAAUUUUGAACUACGUAAUCCCUGUCUCUCCCAUUUUGAUUUUCCUGGCCAUGUUGGAUUUUCUAAAUUUAAACUGUCAUUAAUUUCUACUUACUUAGAGCCUUAAUCUUAAAACUAAUUACUAUUUUAUACAAACCAAAGUGUUCUGAUACUGUCACCGCCUUAAUUAUAUCAAUUGGGAAAAGUGAAUUUUUGCAAUAUUUAAACCCCUUCUCAGGUUUUUUUUUGUUAGCCUCUCAAGGUAUUCAAGGUAUUUCAGAACAUUAAAAGCAGAAUCUUUUGCUACAGUACGACUUGAAUUCAGAUGUCAAGUGAGCAAAAUGAUCUAUUAUAUCUUUUAAUUUAGCUCUGCUCAAUUUCCCCUGUGCAGAAAUCAGUGACGUGCAUGAAGCGGUGGAAAACAGGUGAAGUAUUUGUCUCCAUAUUUGGACUUUCAGAAUUCAGUUUUCUUGAUAAAGGCAUUCACUUUCUCAUAGAGAUUCACGUCCUUGCAUGGACAAAUUUGGAUCAUUCAGCUUGCUAAGUGUAUCUGCGAGGUAGGCAAGUUGAGGUAACCACAGUAUUCUCAAAGCUUCAACUAUUUCUACAAAAGCACAUGAUGCUUCAUAUGCUGUCUCCCUUGUUGUAGCAAAAUCAAAGAAGCCAUACACUAUUACAGAAGAUCUGAUUCUGCCUGCUGCUGUGGCACUUGCAGAAAAGAUACUUGAUAAAAAAAAAAAAAGCAGUUGAUACUCUCAAGAAAGUACCUUUAUCAAAUGACACUGUACGUCAUAGAAUUGAAGAAAUGGCUGAGGAAAGGAGGGAAUGGAUGAUCAGAAAGAAAUGUGUGAACUUGUGUGUAAUUCAGGCAAUCUGUCAAGUACUUUCUGUCAUGAAAGCUAGUGAACCUCUAUGUGAAGCAACAGUUACUGAUGUUCUGAUCCCCUCGCUACGCAAACAAUGCAAAACAGGUGAGCGUUGAGGGUCCUGGACUUGAUAAAGUGACAAUUUUGACACUCAUUUGAAACUUCAUGCAGUUAAGAACUCAUCUUGUUUGAAGCAAGUACCCCUCAGUGUAUGAUACAGUGCACCUGCUGCAAGGAAGGAUUUUCUUUCCUGAUCCUAGCUACGAGUCCGUUCACUCUCUUGGUCAUUGCAGCAGCCUCCUCAGUGCAGAUGACUUUGCAUGAAUUCCAACUCAAAUCGUGUUCGGAAGAAAGUCAGUUUAAACAUGGCCCUUCUGAUUUAGUUUGCCUUUAAACUUUUGUAAAACAGUAUGUACUAGAUAUCGGUGGUUUCACGGUAUUGAACAUAAGCAAUCAGCUGAGCUUCUCCACUAAUAUCGUGACUCAUCAAGCUGAAGGGCAAAUGUUUUUGCCAUUUUAAGUUUCUCUACAAGUUGAGAGAAUUUCCUCAGCCAUUUCUUCAGUUCUACGACAGUGUCAUUUGAUAAAGGUACUUUGAGAGUAUCAACUGCUUUUUUUAUCAGAUCUUUUGAAAUAGUGUACGGCUUCUUUGAUUUUGCUAUAAGAAAGGGAGACAGCAUAUGAAGCUUCAUGUGCUUUUGUAGAAAUAGUUGACGUUUUUUUCGUAUUAAGCUGGCAAGUCUGGAACUCAGAAACCUUUCUUUGAAAAAAUUCUACCAGUUUACCCACAUGCACAGGGUGUUUUGUCUUCAAAUGUUGUUGCAAAUAUGCUAGCUUCAUGCUGUUAUUUAAUAGACUUCUCCGCAAAGGAACUACAAAGUUUGAGGUGGAUCGUUAUUUGUAGAUGUGAAUCUAAAAGCAAUAUAUUCCAUGCAGAACUGAGGGAGUUUUUUCAGUCCUUUUCAAUUUCUUACAAAUUUCACUGUCGCCACUACCAUCGCUUCUAGCACCUUGUUUUAAAAAACUGUCAAUUUUUACAUCGGAACUGCAUACACACUAUGACAACUUCAACCUCAUUUACGUGCUUGCAUGCAUCAGUAUAUGACAUAAAACACAUUUAAUACAGUGUAUAUAUACACAUUGUUACUGUAUAAAAUAGUAUAUAGAGCAGUAUAAACAAGUCAUUGUAUGAAAUUUUAGUUGGUACUGACUUCGCUAGUGCUUUUUAUGUGGCCUGUUGUAAAACUGGCAGAUAUCUAGAUGAGUUGACAUAUCCCCUGGAAGACCUCUGCAUACCCCUGGUUGAAAACCACUAGGCUAGAAGAUGCACAAAUUAGACUGAACUGCAUAAUAUGCAAGUAAUGAAGAGAUGCUAUGAAUGCAUUAAGCUUGAACAAAUGAAAAUAUUUCUCAUAGCAUGUACUAUAUUGUUAUAAUUUUAAACCCCCAAAAUACUAACAUUUCCUAUUGUCCAGAAAUCAGUUUUGUGUUUGGUUCAUCUUCUGAGUAUUAAACACUUGCUCACUUUUUCCUGGACACUGAAAAGUAAAGUAGCUAAACUUUUUAUGCUGACUAACCAUAGGGAUAUGUGUGACUGAGUUAGAAAUGCUGCUAAAUUUGUAAGGUACAUGAAUAUAUUAAUUUACUCUUAUCUUCAUAAUCGUCAAAUAGCUGGGAGGUGAAUGUGUGCAUGCGUGGAUAGUAAAACAAAAAAUGUUCAUGUACACAUUCAUAUUACUGAUGUACCAAGACCUAAUCCAAAGGAAAUAUUCCUGCAUAUGAGAUGUAUUGAAAACUGGCACAUAUAUCUCUACCUGGAUGGUGGUGAUUAUUAAUGUAUAUUUUUUAAAAUAUACGUUUGCUCACUCUAAAAAUUAUUCAAUAUUUGUAACUUCUAUCUAUAUUAAACAGUUCAUGAGGUACCAUAAGAUGUGUGUGUAUGUAGAGUUAUAGAGGAAAUAUUGGGUUCAUCCUGGGAAUGCUAGCUUUUUGCUAGAAUGCAAUCAGAAUGUCAUGAACCACAAAUUAUUCCAUGGCAGGAUGGAAAAAAAUUGAUGCUUUCUUUUAAAAGAUUAAAAAGAAAAAAUUGGAUUUUUAAAUUUAAAAUGCAGGUUUAUUUUUAAAAUAUCUAUUUAAAUUAGAAAUAGACCUUAGCAUAGGUAGUCAAACUUAUUAUCUAUUAAAAUAAUUUAAAUUAAAUACAAAACUGAUAAGCGAUCAAUGUUUGCUGCCAACUUUUAAGAAAAUCAAACUACUGAGCUGGUAGUAAUCAUUGGUGAAGCACCUGGAACCAAAGUCUGUUUAAGGGCUAACACAGCAGUUUUGACAGCAGUAGCCUCUUCUGCAGGUGCAGAAACAAUAUUUUAUUUUAUUUUAUUUCAGUUUAUUCAACUAGUUCAUUUCAGUUACUAGUUCGUUCAUAAUUAAGAAACCAAUUGGAAAGGUUGUUUUUCCUCUUCCAACCUAGGAAUAAAGACUAGGUGUCAGGAUGAGAUCUACUAGUUCUAAAAUCUUGAACAAAGUUACCAGAAUCUAUCAGUUCAAUUUUAAUUUUAAAUGCAAAACAUAUUUUGAUCAACUUUUUUCUUAGUUGUGUAGCACAUUUAAGGUAGUUUUAUUUAAUUAAAUGCUGGUUUUGUGCAUCGUUAAUUGAAUUAGAAUAUCCAUCCAAAUACAUCUUGAAACAAAUCAUAAUUAAAGUAAUCAUCUAGUAAAUAAGAAAUACAUCGUUCACCAUUUUCUAACAAUAAAAGAUCUUAAAAUUAAGUAGCUGAACAAAUGUAUGUUAAGCUACAUAACUGCUUGAAUAAAUAUGUAUAGAUAUAAUGUAUCCUCCUGAUUAGCAAAACAAACACACACCAGUUUAGUGUAAAGGCUAUAUUUAGUUGCAAAUCAACAUGUUUUCAUGGUUACCAACGAAUAAGAAUCAACCUUUCUUUAGGGAAAAUAACUAAAAAGUACACAUGCAAAACACAAUUAAAAUUGAUUAUUUAAAUAAAGGGUUCCUGAUUGCUGAUUUAAAUCGUUUUGAUAUAAAUCAAUCCUCCCUGUGUCAUAGACUAAUUUAAGUAAACACCAAACUAAACUUUAAUGCAAAUACUUUGGGUGCAUAACUGAUUAGUUCAUAAUGGCUCUAUUCUUUAAAAGUUAUGUUAUUGAUUCAACUUAAGUUUCUAAGUAUUGUGACAAGCCCGAGUCUGUUUAAGGUUCAGUGUGGUAAACCAUAAUAGAACCUGUCAACUUAUAUAUAUUUUAUGAAGGGCUUUUAAAACAUUCAGUAAAUAUAAAAUAAAAGAAUGUGAAAUUAGAGCAGUAUCAUAAAUUGACACAGGCAAGGAAACUUAGUCUUAUAGGCAACACAGUAUUUUUUUCCCUUGUGCAGUGUUCUCAGAUCAGAAUUUCUGUAUGUGUAUUGAGGUGCAAGAAUUGUGUGGAACUGAAUGGCAAGUCAACCUUAACUUUGAAUUUCUGUGCUUAAAAAGACUGUCAAGGAUUGUGAAGGCUCAAAAUUUUACUUUACUUGCUCCUUACAUGCUAUCCUAGCUAUGUCUUUUAAAAUCAAGCUUCAGUGCUUUCAUUGUACAAAUUGCCUGAUGCUCAGCACUCGAGCUGUCCUAGGUUUCCAGAUGAUGCAAAUAUGAAAUAGAAAAAUGUUUUAUGAAAUAUGAAAAAUGCCUGGCUGGGUGUCCUUUUUAAAGUUUGUCUCCAUACCGUUCCUUAUUUUAGCUACAGCAAAAACGAUGUGGAUCUGGUGGGUCGGGCACUAGACUGGCAAUCAGGCUGGGUUCUUUUUCCAGCUCUGCCCUUGAUCUGAUGUAUAACCUUGCCUAUGUCAGCUCCACUCUCUCUGUACCUCUUCUUCCCCUCCACACUUUGUCUUUUUUAUUUAGGCUGUAAGCUUUUAGAAACGAGACUCUCACUGUGUCUACAUAGUGCCUACUGCAAUACAGUCCCCAGCUCAGGUGGUGCCUCUAGGCACUACUGUAAUACAGAUAUGAGGCUAGAUUCUAAACUUUAGUGUGGUCCAUAGGGGGGUUUGCCUCAAAAAUUCACCAGUUGAGAAACCCAGUGGGGAACAUACAUGCAUGUGUUCAAAGGCAGGUUCAUGCUUCUGCAAUUAGAACUCUGCCCCAUUCAUUAAAUCCUGGAGAGAUUAAGUAUAAUUUAUAUCGCCAAAUUCAGUGUAGAAAAAGUCAGGUCCUACUUGUUUUUAAAAGGGAUAUUUUGGUACAUUAGCUCAUAACAGGAGUGGUGGUUAACAUAUCCAUCACCAUUUUUCAGCAUAGAGAAUUCCCAAGUAAGUCAGUGGGUGUUGUCUGUAAAAGUAAAAAAAAAAAAAAAAAAUUGCAAUAUGUUCUUUUGUCGUUUGCAGUAUGUUGUAUUUCUAUUCAAGUUCUCAUUUAACUGUACAAAAUAUGAAAAGCAUCUUGACUAAAGGCAUUCUGUAGAGUAAGUAGUUCCAUUUCUGUUAAGUAAACCCACCUAUAAACAGCUAAUUACUUUUAUAGUUGGCAGUAUUUAUAUUCUAUGGGGCAAAUUCUACUCUGAAGUAAAUGUGAAAUCAUACAAGUACAUUAGAAGGAAAGACUUUUGGUACUCAUAAUUUUCAACUUUCAUGCUUGUGGGCAUGGAUUCCCCUUCCUUUGUUGCUAACAUAAGAUUGGGUCCUUAAGCGUGAAAGAGUUAAAUUGGCUAUGGGGACACUUUCGCCUGUACUCUUUUCUUUUUAAUAAGACUCUGCCAGCUGUUAUCCGGGUUCAAGGACAAGAUAGUUGGGCAUCUGCAAGGCUGACCUAAAUAUUGCUCCAUAAGAUAUCCUUCACUAGAACAUGAAGAAUAGUACAACUUCCUCCAGAACCCAAGUGGCUUUUCUGUACUAUCUGACCUCUCAAAUAAGGGAUCACAAGAUUCCUAUUAACACUGGGUUUUGUUGGAUGACAGUAUAUUGGCCAGUACAAUGCAGUUUUGAACAGGUGUCUAUUCUGUUUCAAAACACAGGCCAGGACAUCACACUGUGUUCAUGAUGUACAAAAUAUUACUUCCAUAGACUUUUUCUUGACUUUUAAAAAUGCAUGUUGAGUAUGCCCUUCUCCCACAACUCUUACACUUCCUAUGUAUAAUGUUUCUAUAUAUUGUGGUACAGUAAGGGUACCCACUAUUACUGAAGGAGUCUAAAAUCUGGAGUUUUUGUCGGGAUUGUGCUAAAAACAAGAUUUUGGUCAAGUUAAACUCUGAUUUACAUUUAUAUUGAAUAUGCCUCUGUCACCUUGAAUUAAGAUUUGACUUACCUUGUGUGUUUUCACAAGUGGCUUUUUCUUUUGGAUGUUAACGUGCAUGCUUUUUGUGUAACUUAUUAAAUUUGAAAACUGGACUUGGUAUUUGUGAGUUUUAAAAAUUGUUCUCUUCUGACAUAUACAGGUCUCAGCAGUGCAAAAAACAAAACUAAGAAAACCUUGUCAUUGCCACGUUAACCAACUGUUGAGUGAUAUUUUCUAAAGUAAGACUGUGAAAAUAACUUAGCAACUAAACUUUUGCCUAAGAAACAUGAUAUUAUGGAACAGGUCCAACAAAUGGGACCUGUUAGUAUUGUAUCUUUACAUGGAUAAAAUCAGCUGACAUGUUGGACUAUGUUUUUAAUCAUUUUAUAUUCUAAGAUCUCCCCUCAUUAUCAUGUUGUCUUUUACAGUUAUCUUUUUCAUGUCAUGCAUAAUCCAGCAUAAAAAUAUUAAUGUACAAAUAUGUGAAAUUCUGUUAAUUUGCAACAAAAUAUUUUUGUAUAUAAUAAAGAUUUAAUAUUGGGGAAAA